AUGAAACUUUAUGAUCCAGACAAUAUGAUUUUGCAUAGACUGAUUAGUUUAAGUUAUUAUUUUACACUGUUGUCAACUGUAGUCUUGAAAAAUUCCGUUGUAUACACUACUCAUUUGUUUCAAUCGGUGGAAAAAUCAUCAUUAUUAUUCAAAAUAUCAGAAUUAUUCAAGAAAUUAUGCUUGAAAUUUGGGUACACGUUAAUAAUUAUAUUGGUAAUGAUAGUGUCAUAUUCCAAAUUCGAUAUAUUUAAACUAUUUAAUCCAGUGGAUGCAUCAGUCGCCUCAAGCAUAUACUUUAUUCGACCGACAAGGUUCUAUUUACCAUUAUCAAGAGACAAACAACAUUCACCACAAUCAUAUAUUAGGAGUUCAGAAAGAGAAAUUACACCGAAAACAAGCAAUUCCUUCACGUCAGAAAGUGCGUUUAACAACCAUGCUAAUGAUUACCACUUUGAUAGUACUUAUACAAGUCAGUUUAAUGAAAUUAAACACCAAACUGAUUUAAUUAUUGAAAAGUAUAAAAAGAAGAUUUUAAGUCAAUUAAAUAUGAGAUCUGUGCCGAAAGUGAACUUCAACAAUAAAUCAGAAUGGGAUUCAUUACCAAUAUUAUUACGUAAACGUUUGAAGGCUGAAAUUGAUGCUUCUAAUAAAAUGGCAGAUAACCUAGUUGAUGAAGAUGAAGAAAAAGAAACCCUUAUAUUACUUAACCAGUACCAACUGCCAGUCAAAUUGCCCAAUACAAAUAUAUUUACUCUAAAGAUUGCCGAAGAUAUCGAUCCGAUGCACAUCAGCAGGGUUACUCUGCAUGUUGAGAUCAAUGGUGAAAUUCAUCCAAAUUCAAAAUUUACUUGUUGGGAGAUAACUCCUAAAUUGUUUGAGUAUAAAUUUCCAUGGAUUAACAAUGAUGGUGAUGAUAAUUUGACUACUCUGUCAUCAAUAGAACAAGUUAAUGAUGAUGAUUAUGAUGAAAAUGAGAAUGAGAUAUAUCCAAAAGUCUCAUCGUUAACAGAUGUGGAAUUCACAAUGAAGUCUGAUUUAUACAGUAAUCAAGAAACUUCAUACUCACUAUUUCCUAAUGAUUAUCGAAAAUUAUUUAAAUUAAGUAGACCAGAAAUAGCGCACACCACUGUACCUGAAGGUCAUCUAUCACCAGAUUUAACAAUGAAUAUAACAAAUCGUAUGGUACAUUGGUUAAAAUAUGGUGAGAAAGCUAAACCUCAUAGACCAAUGAUUAAAUAUCUGCUAAUUACGUGUAAUGAUUGUAAUAAUGAACAAAAUAUUAUUGAUCCAAAGAAGGUUGUCGUUGAAAUUCGAUAUCGUCUUGGUUUACAAAGACGGAAACGUUCAUCAACGAAAGGUGAUAAAGCUUUAUACAAUGUAUGUCGUCCUACUGGACAUCAUUUCGGUUGUUGUACACAACCACUGUCUGUGAAGUUUACAGAUAUUGGUUGGGACAAUUGGAUUAUACAUCCGAAAAGUUUUGAACCAAACUACUGUCGUGGAUCUUGUAAAAUUACGUCAACAAAAAGUUUGCAUUAUGAUGUUAUGGACUUAUUAUUGCGUAGGAAUUUUUCUCAGUUUGGCAGUAUACAACGUGAUGAAGUACAAUCAUGUUGUCAUCCAACGCAUUUAACCAGUAUGUCUGUGCUCUACUUGGAUUCAAAUCGGGAAUUACAAAUGCACACGUUACACAAUUUGAUUGUUUUAGGAUGUGGUUGUAGUUAACAAAGUAAUCUUUCAAUUAUCAUCUCCACUUUAUGACAGAAAUUAAAAUUUCUCAUUUCAUAUCCGCAUUCAGGAAACUUUUGUGAGUGUCAAGUAAUAAACUUUAUUAUCAUCGUCUAACAUGCUGAUAAGUUUCAAUCUUGCUCAUUAUAACAAAUGUGAAAUAAGUCAAUGUCGAUCAUGCAUCAUUCUUACACACAUAAGAUAUCUGACUUGCAGUUAUAUGUUGUGAAUGUCCGCUUUUUUUAUUACUACUCCACAUCAAUAAUGGUAAUAACAAAAAAAAUUCCUCUUUGUGUGUUCAGGUAUCCAGUAGAUUUUGUUUAUCUACAUCAAUUAUUUUAAUCUUUGCAAGAUUUAAAAUUUGUUUACCUUUUUUCUGAAAUAUAAGAUAACAAAGCGAUGACUACUAUCAUAAUCAUCGUAAACAGUUACAUUAUUAUUGUUGAUUUUCAUUGAAUAAUAUUAUUUUUGACGUAUUUUCAUUUAAUAUAUCAUUUCACUGCAAUUCAGUAUUAUUUUCUCAUCAUUCUAUGAACGAAAGCACAAUGUCAAUUGUCUACAAAAGUUCGUCUGUUUUAGCGUUCAUUAUUAUUAGUAUCCUCAUUCGUUUGUCUCAUUUUCUCUAUUUUCCUGUAUGUGUGAUAUGUGAAGUAUC